AUGGACUUUUUCCGACGCCUCAACCAGAGUUACCCUCCCCGUCCGUCGCCGUUGGGCACCUCGCAGCAGCAGUCUUCUCCGCAGCGCCCAUCGUCCGGUACACCAGCCUCGAGUCCUGAGUCUCGCCGUUCCACCGAGAGCCAUCGCAAUCAUGCUCCGUCGCGCUCGACGGCCUCUCUCUAUGCGCGCACAUCACCCACAUCUCCGGCGACGGGCUUUGGGCAGCGAUCUGUCUCCCGACCGUCGUCCCUGCGUGGUGAUGCCCCGAGCAUCGACAAGUCGGUCCAAUCCCAUCGCCGCCAUGGCAGUCUAGACCGCAAAGAACCUUCAGCUACACACCGGCGGAACCAGUCGCAGCCCUUUCUGCGAUAUCGAGAUGGGCUGCUGGGACACCGCGACAUGAAUCCUCCCCCCCACGACUCUGUGCAUCGUACCUCUCACGGUAGCAGUGGAAGCCCUGUGUAUUCCGGUCAACACGAGAACUCGGCGCCACCCGCGUUUGGGAAUCGCCAAAUGCCACCUCCAUCUCCUCCACACGCCUACGGCUCACGAGCGCAGUCUGCGAACGCGCCCGCCUCAUCUUCUAUGCUUCCACGCGACUCUUCUUCCGGCCAAUCCCACCGUCCAGGUAGCAGCAUGUCCAUCUCCUCCAUGUUAGGCGGUGACUCUGAACGUCCAGCCCGAGAUGCCGGCCCAUCGUUUUUCUCACGCCCAUCAUCGCUGUUUGGUAGCGCACAGCCAUCCUCGGCGACCGGUGCCAUGUCACCGCCAAGUGGACCAGCAAGACCAUCGCCGCUCGACCACCCUCUCUUCCGCCGAUCCCGUACCCCCGAAAAGUCUUUGUCGUCCAAGCCCCAGACCGGCCGGCCUUCCCGGGCUGGAUCCGGGAGCGGGUCGCACCUCUUCUCGGAGCAAUCCAGAUUUGGUGGCCUGUCGCGCGGACCGUCAUCGUCACAAUUCCCAGAUAAGCCUCACUCGACACACCCUUCACCUCGAAUCUCGUCUGCAGAGGCGCCCCCGAACGAGCCUCGGCGAAUGAGUCUGAGUGGGCCCAUCGCCCGACCGAGCAGCCAGCCACCACAUGCCGACGGGCCCACGCGCGCGCCAGCCUACAGCCCAAUCUCACGGCCGUCUGGAAGUGUGUCAGAACGGCCGUUUGAGUCGGGUCCGCGCUCUGCGUCCACAUCCUACAUGGGGCAAGAUUCUGCGCUCAGCCGGCUCGGUAGCCUUUUUGGUGAUCGCCGCUCAGAAGAUCCUCUAUACCGUGACCGAGAUCGAACUGCCAGUCAUGCGACCGAUGCCAAGGCUUCCCGAGGCGCGUCAUCCCGGUUUGGUUCGCUCUACGGAGAUCGAGAACCGGUCGAACGGCAUUCCGGCGCCUCGACCUGGGAGCAACGUUCACAUCCGGCAUCGCCAGAGACUAGGCGUUUCCCUGCACCGGAAGGUGCGUCAGGGUUUGGAUUCGGUGCCAUUCAGAGCUACACCAAGUCGUUGGGGUCUCAGCCCGGCGGGGGCCGCCAGCCUCCUUCGUCUUUACAAAGUCGACACAGCCAGCCCACUUCGCCGCCACAUGAAUCACCGUUUAAGCAGACGCAGCCUCCACGCAUGGGCUCGAACCCAACUGGGGCAUCGGCUGCCCCAGGACUAUUCAGUCUCUCAACCACAGAAGACACGCGACGCAAGGGAAGUGAUGAACUUUUCCAUCAUCGCAACUUGCUAGCGGUUGGGGCAGACGGAAAGCGCGGCGGACGAGCGUCGCCUCUUCCUCAGGCUGUUCAAGGAGCUCAGGCUCCAUUCAUCGGGCCCAGUGGCGAGUCCGGCAUCAAGAACGAGCUUGGACGAGUGUUUUCUGGAAUCGGAAGCGGCGUUGGCGGCGUGACGGCCACCUCUGCCAAUAGUGGAUCACCGACACCCAUGACAUCGAGCCCGUUCAAGCGUGACAGUUUCAACGGGCGGUCCGGCAGCGGCGAGGUGUUUGACGAGUCCAAGAUCGCCCGACCCGCAUCUGCCACGAGCUCCAAGCGGGCACGAAAAUCGCAAGAUGAGGAUCCUCAGAUGGAUCUGGAGGGAUCAACGCUGUCAGCGCGUGGAAACCGUCGUGCUCGACACCCCCACCAGCAUCACCAUCACCAUCAUCAUCACCAUCACCGCCAUAAGCUUGAAGAGGAGGCGGCACUGGCUGGACUCCAUCGUCCGUUGUCGGCCGCGAAUUAUCUCCAUUCCACCUCUACCCCCGCAGACGGAGCCCCUGCGUCCACCUCUGGUCAUCAUCACCACCACCAUCAUCACCAUCACCAUGCUCCCCGACCGGCCACCCUCCCAGUUGCUGUAUCAACGCCUCUACGGGAACCCCGAACCAUCGUGAAUAUCGAGCCCUUGCUGUCCAGCGUGGCUGAUCGACCGCGGCAUCACCUGGGAUCGACGCUCUACACCCCGCGCAUCAGUGCCCCGUCAGCCAAGGCAUCUGCGGACAGCGCCAAGUUCGGAUAUACUACGAUUCCUCAGCCGCUUCCCCGUUUUGAAGGGCGCGAAAAUUGCACGUUUACCGUCCGCGUCCCGCGUUUCCGGAUCGACGCAAAUCACAGGGAAGAGAUCUGCGCGCGGCGUGCGUUGUGGGGAACUGGUGUCUACACGGACGAUUCAGAUCCAGUCGCCGCCGCGAUCCACUCGGGGUACAUCCGGGGUGCAUGGGGUGAAGACGUGGACGAGUCCAUGCUCGAUCUGGAAAUCAAAGACACCUACCAACAUGCUCCGCAGCCCGAAGUCAAUGGAGCCGACGCUUCCAAAACAGAUGCCCAGGCAAGCAAGGAGCCGCGCCUGCCCCCUGUUCCUCCGGCGGACAAGGAUCUCCACAUCACUCUCUUGAUUUUGCCGCGUCUCGAGCGGUAUGACUCGGCCGUGUUGUUCGGGAUCAAGUCGCGAGUGUGGGACGGCCGGCAUGACGGCAUGAGCUUCAAGGUGCAUCGCAUUGACUGGGUGGAUGAGGGGGUAGGUCGCGGAGAAGAGCGAAGCGGCGAGGCCCGACGCAAACGCCUGCGCACUCUGAUGCAAAGCGGGCGCAUCUGCACUGGGCCGGCGAUGGCGAAGAUGGCCGCGCUGCGCCAGAGCGGGGUGCAGGUUCCCCGGGCUCUUGAUGGUAAGAACCAGCUAGCACCCGUGCAGCCGGUCUCCUAA